AUGACAUCGAGAAGACAUAAGUUUUUUAAUGAAACAGAUUUAAAGAUAUACAUCAUAGGGGAUGAGGACUCUGUAGUGGGCUUCUUACUAGCUGGCAUAGGCUUUCGGGAUGGCUUAGGAAAAAAAAAUUUCUUCAUCGUGAAUUCAAAGGUGUCCGAAUAUUAUUUAACUACGUCGUUUGAUGAAAUUAGGGAAGAUGGCAACAAGGAGGAAACGAACAAAACCGAAAUAGAGGAAGUAUUCAAGGAAUAUACGUCAAAAAACGACUGCGGAGUUCUUCUGAUGAACCAACAGAUCGCGGACGAAAUAAGACACCUGGUUGACCUGCACGAUAAGAUCCUGCCAACCGUUUUGGAAAUUCCGUCCAAAGACAAACCGUUUGACCCCAACAAAGAUUCGAUCAUACAGAGAGUGAAGCUUUUUUUCGGGGGGGAUAUAUCAAAUUUGAAGUGA